CAAACGCAUGUGUUUCGAAUUUCACUUGUUUUUAUCACCGAUAGUACAUUUGAUUUUAAAUUAUUAUUAAAAAUAUUUUAUAGUUUUUCCAUUUUGUUAUAAAAUGGGACGUAUUCCCACGAUAUAUUAUUGUCCGUACGAAAACUGCAGUGCUUCGUAUUGUCGCAAGGAUCGGUAUGAAACACACAUAAGAUCUCACACAGGCGAAAAACCAUUUAUCUGCUCAUAUGAAGACUGUGGAAAAAGUUUUACUAGCUCUUCUCAUUUGAAACGACAUGAAGGUACUCAUGGAUCAUCUUACAGGUGCACUGUAGAAAAUUGCCUUGAAAUUUUAAAAACCAAAGAUACCUUAAGGAAACAUAUUAAAGAAGUUCAUCUUAAAUUAAAAAAGCAUAAAGUAUAUACUUGUACUCAAUGUGGUAAAGAAUUUAAUAAACAUAAUACUCUUCAAAAGCAUGAGCUUAGGCAUUCAGGACAGUUACCUCAUAAAUGUUCUUUUGAAGACUGUCAGAAGGCUUUUUUAACACCAAGCAAAUUAAAGAGGCACAUGAAAGUUCAUGAAGGAUAUCCUUGUAAGAUUUCUGAUUGUGAUAAAGUAUUUGGAAAAUGGACGCUAUAUGUUCAACAUGUAAGAGACUGUCAUCGUCCUGAAAUCAAGUGCAAAGUAUGUGAUAAAGUGUUUUCGACAUCAUUUGGUCUCAAGUUACAUGCUCCACUUCAUGAUGAAUCUCGUUUAGUGUAUCCAUGCCAGGUGCCAAAUUGCAGUCGAUAUUAUUUUGCAGAAAGAAAUUUGAAAUGGCAUAUGAGAAAGUAUCAUGCAAAACGCCCUUUUAUGUGUGACAAGGAAAACUGCCAUAGAGCAUUUAAGACAGAAGCUGAUUUAGCUGAACAUGUUUUGUAUCAUGACAAAAAGAAACCUCGAAAAAAAAACAAGCCAAAGAAACCUAAACCAAGCUUAGCAGCUAUAUUAUCAGGUUAUGCUGAAGUUGAACAAAUGAAUGAAAAAUCCAAAGAAAUCUUAACAGAAGAAAAAGCAGAAUCUAAUAUUUCAGCUUGUUUCAGCAAGGUCAAUUUAAUUAGCCUAGAAUCUGACAGAACUAAAAUUUCAUCUGUAGAUUCUUUAGAAUCAAAUCAGUCAUCCAUAAAUGAAGAAAACAAUUCAUGCAUCUUCACUAACAAAGAUGAUGCUAAUUGUAUAAAAUCACCUGUGCCAAACUCAUUUGAAUCUAGUCAGUUAAGUAUUUUAAAAAAUAUGAAUACUUCUCUUCCCUCAGGCAGUAAUAACAGCUGUGCUACAGAGUUAGAAGUAGCAAGACUCAUAUCUAAAGAAAAUUUCUUAGAAAUGAAUCAGUCAACUACUGCAGAGGUAUUGGAUUUUAUUUCUUCCAAAAACAUUAUUCCUGUGGCAUGUGAAGUUGAAAAUUCUUUAAAUGAAGUUGAAGUUACAGAGUCAAUUAUUCAAGAGUAUACUACCAUUGAAGUAGUGAAUGGUGAAAAUUUGUCUCAAUUAGUAUCUGUGCCAGUAAUCAAAAUUGGUGAUGAACAUUGGAAUAGAAAUGCUAUGGUACAUAUUAAAACAGGUUCUUGAUUGUUAUGAAGAAACUUAUUCCUAUUUUGGAAAAUAAAAGGAAAAUGCAAGUUACUCUAAAUAUCCAAAAUGUGCCUUCAAGUGCCUCUUCCCUCCAAAUGCUAUGGUGAAGAUUUCAUUUACUUUUAAAAUACACAGCAUGUAGUUUAUCAUCUGUUUGCAAAUAAAAAUGGAAUUUUUAACCUUGCCUCCCAGAUUAUCAGAUAUUAAUAAAAACAUAGAAAUAGAAAUGUAUUGGUGAGAAUUUGUCUCAAUUUAUUAUGCUGAUGAUGAUUUGGUUAGAUUUUUUAGGCUAUAUCAUAACAAUAGGCAUUAUGUAAUUUUCUUAAUAUACAGGGUGUCCGAAAAGUAUGACUACACUUUCAAAAAGGAAUUAAAAAUAAGGAUUUCACUUAUGGUUUUGUGGGUUCCAUGAAGAAAAGAUAAAAAUUCCUUUGAAAUGAGAUGUCAACUAAUGCUACUUCAAUGUUUUGCAAUGUUAUCAUUUUAAAAUAGCUUCACCACAAGAAUGAGCACAAGUUGUAGCAUGGUUUAUCAAAUUUAAAUUUGUAACACAGGUGCAGCAUAAAUUUUGGACUACCUUCCAGAUUCACCAGUUAUAAGUAGCAUGAAAAAUUUAUGAUGACAAGUCGCAUGCUGUCAAAACAAAAAUCUGGCCACUCUAGUAAAAACUAUGAUAAUUUUACAUUAAUUGAAUGCUUUCAUUGUAAUCCUUUCAGAUUGAUUCACAACAUGGUCCAGCAAUUAAUAGUGAGAUCAUCUAUGCAUACGGCUUUAUGCGAAUAAACUUGCAGGGGUUAAAGCCUGAUGAUAAGCCUCGAGAUUGAACAUUUACAAAUGUCACAAAAUAUAAAAGGUGAUGAAAAUUUACUACAUUAGGUAAUGUUUCACUUUCAGGUAUUGUUAACCAAUGUAAUACUCAAAUAUGGAGAUUAGAGAAUCUUAAUGCUGUGUUGGAGGAAACAAGAGACGACUGUAAAGUAAAUGUGUGGUGUGAUUUACUGCAUGGUUAAAUUAUCGGAACUGUUUUCUUUCGUGAAGAAUUGUCCACUCUGCAUCCUUGAAAUUUUAGCAUUUUCUUAAAUAAAGGACUGGCAACCCAGUAUCAUUUUCCAGCUGAUUGGGGGCCACCACGCUAAAAUUUGGAAGUGCGAAAGGUUUUAGAGGAAAAAUUCCCUAGGCAAUGAAUGGAUAGGAAGAGGAAAUAUCUGAUCCAACCACCUAGAUCUCCAGACAUAACAAAUUUGGAUGUCUUUUUAUGGGGAUACGUGAAAAAUAUUGUUUACUAAUCUCCAAUUGGUGACACUCUUGAACUGAAAAGUCAAAUUAUAGCGACCAUUUGAUCCUGCAAUGCUUAGAAUGUGGCUAGAAAUCUCAUAUAGACUUGAUUUGUGGUGCAAGACUAAUGGUAUGAACAUUGAAAGAACUUUAAUGUUUUCUUUAUAGAGCAUAAAAAAAAAAUCUUUAGUGAAUAUCUGUAUGUAAAAUUAAUUUUUAAAAGUUAUCUGAUACUUUUCGGAUACCCUGUAUAAUUAGAUAAUAUUUAAGUGUGGACAAUUUAUAUAAACACAAAUUACCACAUAAUUACAUUAAAUUUUAGAUAUUCAUUAUUUUAAAAAAUUUAUGCAUACAGGCCAUUUUAACUCGCAUAUUAGU